AUGACAAAAAUUUAUAUUCCUGAUUGCUUCGGCGAUAUUCUUACACUCUAUAUCGACUUCACGGAUCCGCCAGAUUUCUACACGAGCUAUGAUUGGGAAAAAGCAGUUUUCGAUGGACCUACCGAUAAAGAUCAAGCUUUUGUGAACUUCUUUCAUUUAUUGUCUGCUCGAGAAGAAAACGGCCUAAAUAAGUUCGCAGAUGAAUCCUGUCCGGAAUAUUACAGCGCACAGAAUAAGACUUUUCUGAAACUCGUUCGUAACCUGAUUUACGUCUGA